CAUGAAUUAAGAGUAGGAUUCAUAAUCUCAAAGUUCUCAUAUUAAAUAAUCCUAAGAGACCAAUGAGUUUGAAUCAAAUUAAUUCGAAUUUAACGAAUCAAUUGACGAUGAGAAAUUUGCUCUGAAGUAGCUUUUAUAACAACAUUCAAAUUAAAUCUAGGAUUAUUUUUAAAAAUUAAAAGGGGAUGUGUAGAAAAAUACAAUUAAAAAAUUUGUGGAAAAAUAAUUAAAGCUAUUUUCCUAGGAUGUAGAAAAAAAACUUGAAUAAUUAUUCGAGAGAUUAAUAUCUGAGAAAGAGAUUUAGAUUGCACAAAUAUAAUAAGAAAAAAACUAAAAAGAUUAGGAAAUAUUGGAGUUAACUUAAAAAUAUAAUGAAGUUAACAAUUCAUUAAUGUUAGGAUCCUAUAAUGAUAAUAAUAUUUGCUUAAAGAUAACGCAAAUAAAUUAAUUAUUAGAAAGGACUUGCUAGACAACUAUAUAAGCUAGUUAAUAAUUAGAUAAUUAAAGUCUAGAUUAAAUGCAAUAAUAAAUUCAGAUGAUAAGAGAAAGCAUCACAGGAGAUACAGAAACACAGAUAAAUAACUUACAAAAAUAAUUGUAGGAUAAAGAUACAUUAAUAAAAUAAUUACAAAAGGAAAAGACUGAAUUACAAAAUUAACAAAAAAAUAAUAACUCAUCAAUUAUUUUAAUGAAAAAGAUUGAAGAAAUCAUAUAACAAUACUAAAAUUAAUGUAAUUAAGCAGAUUUAAUCAAUAAAAAGACUAAUUAAAUCGUAGAGAUUAAUAAGGAGUUAAAUAAACUCAAUACUUUGAUUAGUAAUGAGAAUGAGAAAUUGAAAAGUCAAUUUGAAGAAGAAAAGAAUAAAACAGUUUAGAAAUAACUUGAAGGCUGUUUUAAAUUAUAGGAUCGAUCUCUGCUAUAUAUAUAAUUGGGUCUUAAAAUAUUUUAAUAAUAUUAUCGUUCUCAUAUUUAAGAUGACAAAAAUAUUCAAAGUUAGAUCGCUAGAUUAAAUAAAUUUCAUUAAAAUUAUUUGAAAAAAGAAAAUUUCAAAUUAAUAAACUUAGGAGAUAUUGAACAAUUCUACAUUAAAUAAGAAUUUGAGCUUAAAUCAUUAUUCGACGAAUCUUUGAAAGAAUAUAAGAACUUAAUAAAUGAAAUUACAUAAAGAAGAAUUCCAUUCAACGCAUGA